GUCCUGGCGCCUCUCGUCCUGUCUCUGACCUUGGGCAAGUCACUUAUCCUCUGAACCUUCCUCUCCUCACCUGUAAAAUGGAGUGUCUGAGGACUACGCGAGGUAAUCUGUGUAAAGUCCCUGGCAGAGGCUAACUGCCCCAAAGGUGAUGACGAUGGCUCAUAGAGGGACAGUGACUUGCCUGGAGGUACACAGCACCCUCUCUCAUACUCGGUCCCUCAUGAUUUCAUUGGUUCAUCAGGCACCCGCUCCGUGGCCAACAGCACACUGGGGACCUCGGACGGACGCUGCUAUGGAAGCCAACCUGGGUGCCGCUGGCCGCGGGCCCCGCACGGAGCCGGACGAUGAAGACGACUACCCCCAGGGUGGCUGGGACACGGUCUUCCUGGUGGCCCUUCUGCUCCUGGGGCUGCCGGCCAAUGGGCUCAUGGCAUGGCUGGCCGGCUCACAGGCCCGGCAGGGAGCGGGCACGCGGCUCGCCCUGCUGCUGCUCAGCCUGGCCCUCUCUGAUUUUCUGUUCCUGGCGGCAGCGGCCUUCCAGAUCCUGGAGAUCCAGCACGGAGGCCACUGGCCGCUGGGGACGGCCGCCUGCCGCUUCUACUACUUCCUGUGGGGUGUGUCCUACUCCUCCGGCCUCUUCCUGCUGGCGGCCCUCAGCGUGGACCGCUGCCUGCUGGCCCUGUGCCCGCACUGGUACCCUGGGCGCCGCCCAGCCCGCCUGCCCCUCUGGGUCUGCGCCGGGGUCUGGGUGCUGGCCACGCUCUUCAGCGUGCCCUGGCUGGUCUUCCCCGAGGCCGCCGUCUGGUGGUACGACCUGGUCAUCUGCCUGGACUUCUGGGACGGCGAGGAGCUGCCGCUGAGGAUGCUCGAGAUCCUGGGGGGGUUCCUGCCUUUCCUCCUGCUUCUCGUCUGCCACGUGCUCACGCAGGCUGCUGCCUCCCGGACCUGCCGCCGCCGCCGGCCAAGGCCCACGGCCUGCCGGGGCUUCGCCCGUGUGGCCGAGGCCGUUCUGUCAGCCUACGUGGUCUUGCGGCUGCCCUACCAACUGGCGCAGCUGCUGUACCUGGCCUUCCUGUGGGACGUCUACCCCGGCUACCUGCUCUGGGAAGCGCUGGUCUACUCCGACUACCUGACCCUGCUCAACAGCUGCCUCAGUCCCUUCCUCUGCCUCCUGGCCAGCGCCGACCUCCGGGCCCUGCUGCGCGCCGUCCUCUCCUCCUUCGCGGCAGCUCUCUGUGAAGAACGGCCUGGAAGCUUCACGCCAGCGGAGCCACAGACCCAAGUGGACCCUGGGAGUCAGACUCUUCCUGGGCCAGUGGCUGGGGCCCAGCCCCAGGUGAACCCCGUAGCACAGCCACGGUCGGACGCUGUGUCCCAGCCUCGGGGGAACCCCGCAGCACAGCCAUGGUCGGAUUCAGUGGCCCAGCCACAGGCAGAGCCCACAGCACAGCCACGGUCGGAUUCAGUGGCCCAGCCACAGGCAGAGCCCACAGCACAGCCACGGUCGGAUUCAGUGGCCCAGCCACAGGCAGAGCCCACAGCACAGCCACGGUCGGAUUCAGUGGCCCAGCCACAGGCAGAGCCCACAGCACAGCCACGGUCGGAUUCAGUGGCCCAGCCACGGGCAGAUUCAGUGGCCCAGCCACAGGCAGAUUUUGUGAUGCAGCCUCAGCUGAACGCCUCAGUUCAGCCACAGGUGAACCUUGAGUCCCAGCCCCAUUUGGACUUUGUGGCCCAGCCACAAGUGAGCCCCGAGACCCCCGGACCUGCCUCCGGCCCAGCUCUCAGCCCCUGUGAUGAAGCGUCUUCUGCCCCAUCCGCAGAUCCCACCCCCGAAGCCCCUGAGAACCCAGCGGUGCCUGCUGACUCCGAGGGAGAAAGUCCCAGCAGCGUCCCCCCAGAGGAAGCCCCUGGAGCAGGCCCCACCUGAGGGUCUGGAAAGCUCAGGCCCAUCAAGGCAGCGGAAGAGCCAGAGCCAGUCAGAGACGAGGGGAGCCGUGGAGGAAGUCAUCAAAGAAACCCCCCUCAAGUCCCUUGGGGCUGGCAGGAGGACUUGGGGGAAGUGAAAAUGAACCACCAAAAGUCCCAGGCAGUUUGUCGUGAUCGUCUCGUCCCUACCCAGGUCCCCCUCAGUUUCUCCAUGCUUGCCCCCCCACACACACACACAGUGGCCCAACAGUCACGGCCGACAGGGUGCUGCUGGGCUCUGUCCUCCAGCACCCCUGGACCGCACUGCCCACCUCCCCCCCAAGUCUCAGUCCUGCGGGAGCAAGACAGCAGGGGUGACUUCCCUGAGCUUGUGCCGAUCUCCCCGGAAUCCUUCCUCCACCCUCUCCUCCCUGUCUCACUCUCUAACUCGGGUGUGAGGAGGAUGAAGGAAGAAAUCUCUGCAGAAAAGGAGGCAUUUAUGAGCCAGAAGGAACCUGCAGUCCUGGGAGCCCACGCAGGCUGGCCGAGCCCUGUCCACCAGCCCCCUGCCCCCCCCACAGGCAGUGAGCCUGGCGCAGGAACUCCCUCAGCAAGGCAGCGGGAGCGGAGGCGAUGAGAGCCACCGAGCCUGGAUUCAAAUCGGGCUCCGGUGACGGCAGGAGCCUGGCACACAGUAGGGGCUCAGUGAACAAAUGUUCUCCAUUCGCCGGCAUCCAGGGAAGUCCCUGCAGGGCCUGGAGAUGGAGGAGAGGAGGCGCCACCUUGGCCUGGGCAUCUGGGGUCUUGUGAGCUUUGGGGCAGAUCGGCUGUGCCCAUGACGGUUCUGGGCCACGGAUGCCCAGGGGGCCUGAGAGAGCGUCUGCUCCACUUAAGGGUUCAACUAGUGUCCACCUGCCCCCCCCCCCCGCCCCCACCACGGGGGGGCUGCAGGUAUAGAGUGCUCAGUCCUGCCUCCAUCUGAACCCCUCCUACGCACUCAGCCCACGCGCAGAGAUGGGAAGACGUCCAGACAGAGAGCCCUGGGGACCAGUGGCUCCAAACAGGGUACGGGCCCCCAUCACACAGCAUCUCUGGGGCAGAGCCAACCUCUUGCCUCUCAAGGCGCAGACACUGCAAGAAAAACGGGGAAGUGCCGAAGGUCUAAUUCUGAACCCCCCACCCUACUUCCCUUCUUCCCUUUCACUCUUCUACACCAACCCCCUGCUCGCUUGCCCUCCACCCACCCUGUGUUCCAAAAUCGUGAGCCUCUUCCCCUUUACCCCCCUCCCCCAGUCCUUUCCCAGUAGCUCAGUGUUGUGGCCUGCAGCAGCCGAGAGACGCCCCUACGGCAGACACUUAAGUGCUAUGCUUCCAGGGCGCUUCCAUCUUAAAAAGGCAGCAGGCUGUGUGGACGGCCCGGAGAGGUGCGGGCAGAUCUGGGUUCUGGCUGCCAGCUGCCGCUUCGCCUCGAUUUCCUCCUCUGUACAAUGGGGUGGUCAUGUUCCCCUUACAAGGGCUGCUGCUAUCAUGAACUGAGCCCGGGGAUGCCGAAUG